AUCAGAGCAAAGUUAUCCAUGGAGAGCUUCAGGAUGUCCUUCCUCUCCCUUCUUCCCUUCAUCCUCCUGGCCCUUGUCUCCGUCGAGGGCGCCGGCGAUGAGCGCAGCACGUACAUCGUCCACGUGCAACCGCAGGCGAACCACCUGUUGGACACGGCCGACGACCGGAAGGCGUUGUACCAGUCGUUCCUCCCCGUCCAUGGCCGGAUCCUUCACUCGUACCACCACGUCGCCAGCGGCUUCGCAGCCCGGCUGACGCAGCGGGAAGUCGAGGCGAUGUCCGCCUUGCCCGGCUUUGUCGCCGCGCUGCCGGACAGGGUUUACAAGCUGCACACUACGCACACGCCGAGAUUCCUCGGGCUGGACUCGCUGCAGGGCACGAGGAAUACCUCGUACGGAUUCGGCGACGGCGUCAUUAUCGGGGUGCUCGACAGCGGCAUUACUCCCGACCACCCCUCCUUCAGCGGCGCCGGCAUGCCGCCGCCGCCAGCCAAGUGGAAGGGGACGUGCGACUUCAACGGCCGUUCUAAGUGCAACAAUAAGCUCAUCGGUGCUCGCGUCUUCGACACCGCUGGGAACGGCACCGCCUCCUCUACCGGUGCGCCGCUGUCGCCGAUCGACGACGACGGGCACGGCACGCACACUUCUAGCACCGCGGCGGGAGCGGUCGUGCCAGGCGCUCAGGUUCUUGGCCAGGGUAGGGGCACGGCGUCCGGGAUAGCGCCCCGUGCGCACGUCGCCAUGUACAAGGUGUGCGGCGAGGACUGCACCAGCGCCGACAUUCUGGCCGGCAUCGACGCCGCCGUGGCUGACGGCUGCGACGUCAUCUCCAUGUCCCUUGGAGGGCCGUCGCUCCCGUUCCACGAGGACAGCAUCGCUAUCGGCACGUUUGCCGCCGCGGAGAAGGGACUAUUCAUCAGCAUGUCAGCCGGCAACUCCGGUCCAAACUACACCACGCUGUCGAACGAGGCGCCCUGGAUGCUCACCGUCGGCGCGAGCACCAUGGACCGUUUGAUUAGCUCCAGGGUGCACCUUGGAAACGGACUCACCUUCGACGGCGAGUCAGUGUACCAGGCAAACACCUCGGCGGCCGUCUUGUACCCGCUGGUCUACGCGGGCGCGAGCUCCACCCCCGACGCGCAGUUUUGCGGCAACGGCUCGCUGGACGGCUUCGACGUCAAGGGCAAGAUAGUGCUCUGUGAGCGCGGCAAUGACGUGGGGAGGAUCGACAAAGGUAUCGAGGUGCUGAGAGCCGGAGGCGCCGGCAUGAUUCUGACCAACCAGUUCAUUGACGGCUUCAGCACCAUCGCCGAUGUGCAUGUCCUCCCGGCGUCGCAUGUCAGCCACGACGCCGGCGUGGCAAUCCUGAACUACAUCAAGACGGCGGCUAGCCCGAUGGCGCAAUUCACCUUCCGAGGCACUGUCCUUGGCACGUCGCCGGCUCCGGCUAUGACUUCCUUCUCCUCUCGUGGCCCCAGCACGCAGAACCCCGGCAUUCUGAAGCCAGACAUCACGGGACCUGGCGUGAGCGUACUCGCGGCGUGGCCAUUCCAAGUAGGCCCACCAUCGGCGAGCAAGCAGAACGGCCCUACUUUCAACUUUGAGUCUGGAACGUCAAUGUCAGCGCCGCACCUCAGCGGUAUCGCCGCGCUGAUCAAGAGCAAGUACCCGGAAUGGUCGCCGGCGGCGAUCAAGUCUGCCAUCAUGACAACAGCCGACACCACCGACCGCUCCGGCAAGCCAAUACUCAACGAGCAGCACAAGGCCGCCGACCUUUUCGCCGUUGGAGCCGGCCAUGUCAACCCCGACAAGGCCAUGAACCCCGGUCUAGUGUACGACAUUGCUCCCGCCGACUACAUCGGCUUCCUCUGCGGCCUGUACACGGACAAGCAAGUCUCCCUCAUCGCGCGUAAGGCGGUGGACUGCUCGGCCGUCAAGGUGAUCCCCGAACGCCUGCUGAACUACCCGUCCAUCUCCGUCACAUUCCCUGCGUCGUGGAACUCGACGACCCCGAUGUUGGUGGAACGCACGCUGACGAACGUUGGAGAGGUGCCGGCGGUGUACUACCCCCAGUUCGACCUGCCCAAAAAUGGCAUGAACGUCAGCGUUGAGCCGGCCUCGCUACGGUUCAACAGCAUGAACCAGAUGCAGACCUACACGGUGUCCGUCUGGCCUAGGAUGGGCAGUUCUUCCGUGGUGGUGCAGGGCGCGCUUCGGUGGGUGUCGGACAAGCACACCGUGAGGAGCCCCAUCUCAGCCACCUUCGAGGGAUAAUAGAGCAUGAUCUGCUCCACGACUUUUAUAUCGUAAUAGUAAUUGUGUAUGUCAAGUGCAUGUUUUGUCAAACAUAUAAACCACGCAACAAUAUUUACUUCCACAAAUUGUUGUAAGCUGUAAAAUUCUAGGGUUUUGGUGCAAAACGGU